AUGAGGAAUGUGGGUCAGUUAAUAUGUCAGAGUGAGCACAUUCUCCCUACUUCUUUCUCCUUUACAGCUUUACAAGAGAGUGACAGCUUCUUUCCAGCUUUAUUUGGCCAGACAACUCCUCAGUACAGGUCACAACAAACACCACAAGAAGCAGAUGUGAAUCAACAGACUUAUGACUCAAAGUGUAUGAAGCCAGCCUCAUUACAGUAUAAUUCUUUCAUAUUUGUGAAACUAAGAAUAGAUGACAUCAGCAGCCAGCAGCAAGUGCACAGUACAAAAUGCAAAUCAAAUUGUAAAGGUCAUCACCAGACUGAUGUUAAGCAAAAGUCAUGUUGCUGUUCUGAAUGUGGCAAGCAAUUCUCAAACAGAGACAGUUUACAGAUCCACACAAGAAUCCACACAGGAGAGAAGCCCUAUUGCUGUUCUGAAUGUGGCAAACGAUUCUCUGCUAGAAGUGGUCUUUGGAAACAUACAAAAAUCCACACUGGAGAGAAGCCAUAUUGCUGUUGCGAGUGUGGCAAACAAUUCUCGCACAGUGAGAGUCUUAAUAAAUAUACAAGGAUUCAUACUGGAGAAAAGCCAUAUUGCUGUUGUGAAUGUGGUAAGCGAUAUGCGUAUAGGAACAGUCUUCAGAAACAUACAAGGGCUCACAUUGGGCAGAAGCCAUUCAGCUGUCCCCUGUGUGGCAAGCAUUUCUCUCACAGGAGCAGUCUCCAGAUCCACACAAGAAUUCAUACUGAAGAGAAGCGAUAUUGCUGUUUCGAAUGUGGAAAGCGGUUCUGUCACAGUGACAGUCUACAGAAACACAUAAGGAUCCACACUGGUGAGAAGAUGUAUUGCUGCUCAGAAUGUGGAAGACGAUUUUCACAGCUAAGCCAUCUUUUUAUCUACACCAGAAUUCACACUGGAGAGAAGAGAUCUUAA